AUGGAGGAAGGUGAUAAGAAUACAUCACCACAUCAAUCAACUCCAACGACUGUGGAAGGUUUUAAUAAGAAUCCUGAAGGCAUAUUGGUUAAAGAUUAUGAAUUUGUCAAGCCACAAUUGGAUGAAGCUAAUAAGGAUACUUCACCUCAUGAAUUCACACCAAUUUUACAUCAUGAUUUUGAUAAGAAUCCUGAAGGUACGUUGGACAAAAUUGAUACCUCCGUGCAUGAAGCAAGAGAUGUAUGUGAUUCAACGAACAAAAAAUUUGUUGAUGAAAGUGUGAGUGAAGCACAAUUUUCAGAUUCACAAAACACAUUUCCAGAUGAGAACACUGAAGCGGCUGCAGAAAUAAUUGAAAAUACAUCAAUGGCUAAUUGUGAGAAACCAAAUUUGGAUGAACAAAUUAAUUCAGAAGUUCACACCCAUGAAGCAGUUUUUGGAGAAGGGAAGUCUCAACCAGAUUUACGUGAUUUCCAAGUAACAAUUCCUGAUGAGUUGCUACCCAGUCUUAACGAAUAUGUGAAUCUAGAAAGAAGCAUUAUUGUUCAUCCAUCUGCAAAUAAAGAACAAACUCCUAUGAAUGUUUCAAGAAUUAAGAGACCAUCUAAAUUCAAGGAAUCACCAUUCACUACGAAAUUUGAUCCAACAGAAGAUUUAAGCAACAAAUGGGAACAUUAUCUGAAAAAUAAGUCCAAGAUAUCAGCUUUGAAUUUUGACAUUCUAUCAGUUGAAGACAAGAAUUGGUUCUACGUUAUGGGUACUCCUGGACUGUCAUGGUCAGAUGAGCAAAUUGAUGUUUGCCUAUACUGUUUGAGAAAGAAAUCCAAGUAUGAACCAAAUAACUCAUAUAUGUAUAGCACAGUUGACUGCAAUUUCAUGAACAUUGUAAGAGCUGUGUUAGCUGUGUAUUUAAUUGAUGAUCCAACGCUUAAUGCUGGUGGAAAGAAAUACCAUUUGAAUAAGUGCAUAAGUGGAUUUCGCAUGCAUGCUGCUGUUCCAUGGCAUACAGUUGAUCAUAUAUUCAUUCCUAUCAACAUAAAGUCCAAACAUCACUGGGUUCUGGCUGUACUUUCUUUCAACAGUAGAUGCAUAUAUGUAUAUGAUUCACUGUCAUAUGCUGGUCGUGAUUCUGCUGUGCUUGCUGAAGUUGAGAAGUUAGUUGAGGUUAUACCUUACUGUCUUUUGGCAUGUAAAUUCUAUGAGAAGAAGGGUAUUGAUAUUGACAAUUAUCCAAAUUACAAAUUAAAUGAUAAAUAUGGUCUUUUUGAUGUUUACAUUAUGAAAAAUUUGCCUCAACAACCAUGUGGCAGCUUGGAUUGUGAGUUAUAUAUGAUUACAUAUACCGAGUGCCUUACAUUUGGUGGAGGUGUUCCAAAAGUUGACUUUGAUCCAGAUCUUCUCCGCACGAGAUACGCUUCAAUGUUGUGGCAUUAUGGUACAAAAAAACAAGAAGAGAAGGCACAAAGUGAUGAUGAAGCACCAAGUAGGCCUCGUAGGAAAAUCCAGAUAACAGAAGUUACUGAAGUACAUGAUAUUUGA